AUGGAGGUGGCCAACGUUGUAGCUUCCAUUGUGUCGGCCUUUGGCAAUGGCAGAGACCUGUUCCUGCGGAUGGUAGGGAAAAAGAGUAAGAAGCGGGGUCGUGAGCCUACCCUGUCCGAGCAAGAGGCUUGGCUCAGAGAUUCGCUUGAUCGACGACCACAGCAGAUACGGGAUUCUUACCACAGCAAUGUUGCACGAUUUGGUCACAGAUUCGAGGUGGGAGACAGCACUGCUCAUUCAAGUCUAGCACAUACCUUGCUCGUGCUUAAUUCCGGCCUGAUCAAUUUGAUCAACCAUGUUCUACAUCGAGAAUCCAAGUAUGAUCCAACAACCAGCAAAGCCUUGUUCGAUCUGUCUGAAGCGGCUGCUACCGACACCAUUGCUGCUCUCAGUCAGUUGAGUCUCAGAAUGGCCAAUCAGUCCGCUCUGAAUCUACGGACGGUCCCAUCCCCGCGAGCCAAGGAUCCUGGCGAUUCAAAGGCCAAACAGAAGAAGAGACCAGGAGCGACGCCUCUCGUUCGUGGAGCUUGGGUCAGACCCAAGAGCUCAUCAGUGGUGUCCGCAUCCAGCUCGAAGACCGGCAAAAGCAGGCCAGCGCAUGAGAGAAGUAAAUCAGAAGCCGAUCUUCCCACAGUGUCCAAGAAGAGCAUAUCAAAGCCACGAUCGAGAACGCCAUCGCCCGACAAGCCAGAGAAUGCACUUCCAGACAAGCGUAGGCGCAGAAGGCAUCAUAGAUGUCCAGAAGAGGAGCGAAGCAUGCUCUUGGUACCACCAGACACGUUCCUGCCGCUCGAACAAACACAGGCAAAUGUCGACGCUCCUCCACUACGACCGCCCAAAAUACCUCUCCACACGAGACCGACUCCCACUCGAAGACCCAGGCCUCCUUCGGCGGCAACAUUCAUGACCACAAGUACGAAGAUAGGGGAAAUCCCGGAGCGCCACCUGGUGCACGACUUGCCUACGCAUAUUGGGCAGCAUGCUCCUCUUGUGCAGUAUAUACCAGAGGAGCCGCAAGUAUCGAGGGAAAAAAAGCCGAAGAAAAUCCGGCGUGGAUUCAAAUUCUGGAAGAAGGGUGAAAGGCCGAUCCCAGUGUCAGCAUACUGA